CCCGGGCGGGGGCCUGCCUUCCCCAGGGUCGGCAUCAUGUCGGCGGCGCAGGUGUCCUCGUCCCGGAGACAGUCCUGCUACCUGUGCGACCUGCCUCGCAUGCCCUGGGCCAUGAUCUGGGACUUCUCGGAACCCGUAUGCCGCGGAUGCGUCAACUACGAGGGCGCCGACCGCAUCGAGUUCGUGAUCGAGACGGCGCGCCAGCUGAAGCGGGCGCACGGCUGCUUCCAGGACGGCCGCUCCCCGGGGCCGCCGCCGCCCGUCGGGGUCAAGACGGUGGCCCUGUCGGCCAAGGAGGCGGCGGCGGCGGCGGCGGCAGCUGCGGCGGCGGCCGCGCAGCAGCAACAGCAGCAGCAGCAGCAACAACAACAGCAGCAACAGCAGCAGCUCAACCACGUCGACGCCUCCAGCAAGCCCGCGGUGCUGGCCGCCCCGUCCGGCCUGGAGCGCUACGGCCUGAGCGCCGCCGCCGCUGCCGCCGCCGCCGCCGCGGUGGAACAGCGCACCCGCUUCGAGUAUCCGCCGCCGCCUGUGAGCCUGGGCAGCAGCGGCCACGCCGCGCGGCUGCCCAACGGCCUGGGCGGCCCAAACGGCUUCCCCAAGCCGGCGCCAGAGGAGGGACCCCCGGAGCUGAACCGGCAGAGCCCCAACUCCUCGUCGGCGGCGGCGGCGUCUCGGCGUGGCACGCACAGUGGGCUGGUGACGGGGCUCCCCAACCCCGGGGGUGGCGGGGGUCCCCAGCUCACCGUGCCCCCCAACCUGCUGCCGCAGACGCUGCUUAACGGCCCGACCAGCGCCGCCGUGCUGCCGCCGCCCCCGCCCCACGGACUGGGCAGCAGGGGACCCCCGACGCCCGCGCCCCCAGGCGCCCCCGGGGGCCCCGCUUGCCUGGCCGGCGCCGCGGGCGUAGCAGCCGCGUCGUCCUCGGCGUCGUCCUCGACUUCGUCGUCCGUGGCUGAGGUGGGCGUGGGCGCUGGCGCCAAGAGGCCCGGCUCGGUGUCGAGCACGGACCAGGAGCGGGAGCUCAAGGAGAAGCAGCGCAACGCCGAGGCCCUGGCCGAGCUGAGCGAGAGCCUGCGCAACCGCGCCGAGGAGUGGGCCAGCAAGCCCAAGAUGGUGCGCGACACGCUGCUCACGCUGGCCGGCUGCACGCCGUACGAGGUGCGCUUCAAGAAGGACCACUCGCUGCUGGGCCGCGUCUUCGCCUUCGACGCCGUCUCCAAGCCCGGCAUGGACUACGAGCUGAAGCUCUUCAUCGAGUACCCCACGGGCUCUGGCAACGUGUACUCCAGCGCGUCCGGGGUGGCCAAGCAGAUGUACCAGGACUGCAUGAAGGACUUCGGCCGCGGCCUCUCCUCCGGCUUCAAGUACCUGGAGUACGAGAAGAAGCACGGCUCCGGCGACUGGCGCCUGCUAGGGGACCUGCUGCCCGAGGCCGUGCGCUUCUUCAAAGAGGGCGUGCCCGGCGCCGACAUGCUGCCCCAGCCCUACCUGGACGCCAGCUGCCCCAUGCUGCCCACGGCGCUCGUGAGUCUGAGUCGCGCCCCCAGUGCGCCUCCGGGGACGGGGGCCCUGCCGCCGGCCGCGCCCUCGGGCCGGGGCGCUGCCGCCAGCCUUCGCAAGAGGAAGGCGUCCCCCGAGCCCCCAGACUCGGCCGAGGGCGCGCUGAAGCUGGGCGAGGAGCAGCAGAGGCAGCAGUGGAUGGCGAACCAGAGCGAGGCUCUGAAGCUCACCAUGACCGCGGGGGGCUUUGCGGCGCCGGGACACGCGGCCGGGGGUCCGCCCCCUCCCCCGCCGCCGCCCCCGCCGCCGCCGCCCCUGGGACCCCAUUCCAACCGGACCACCCCGCCCGAGUCGGCCCCCCAGAACGGCCCAUCCCCCAUGGCCGCCCUCAUGUCGGUGGCCGACACGCUGGGCACCGCACACUCGCCCAAGGACGGCAGCUCGGUGCAUUCUACCACUGCGUCGGCGCGGCGCAACAGCAGCAGCCCGGUGUCGCCGGCCUCCGUGCCAGGGCAACGCCGCUUGGCGUCGCGUAACGGGGACCUGAAUUUGCAGGUGGCGCCCCCGCCGCCUGCCGCCCACCCGGGCAUGGACCAAGUGCACCCCCAGAACAUUCCGGAUUCCCCCAUGGCCAACAGCGGACCCCUGUGCUGUACCAUUUGCCACGAACGCUUGGAGGACACGCAUUUCGUUCAGUGCCCAUCCGUCCCCAGCCACAAGUUCUGCUUCCCCUGUUCCAGAGAGAGCAUCAAGGCCCAGGGGGCCACCGGCGAGGUGUACUGCCCCAGCGGAGAGAAGUGCCCCCUGGUUGGGUCGAACGUACCGUGGGCCUUCAUGCAGGGCGAAAUCGCGACUAUCUUAGCGGGGGAUGUCAAAGUGAAAAAGGAGAGAGACCCUUGAGCCUCGGGGUCGCGGCCCCCUGCGCCCCAGACCGGCUCUUUCGCGAUCCGGAGGGCCCCUCCCCCGCCCCGCCCCUCCCCCCCCAGGUGUAGAAUUGUGAAUAUAACAACUGCAAAAAGUUAGUCUUCUGUAUAGACGUUAUUUUCGUCGUCUGUUUCUAUAUUUUGAAACAAAGGUAUGUAGCUUCUUCAUUUGGAGGAUAAACUGGUUUGCGUUCAGCAGUAUAAUAUCGGUUGAAUCAUUUCCAUCACGUUGGUUCGCGUUGAUUUGGUGGCAGACUGUUUGCCUAGGUACAGAAUUAAUAGCCCUUAGCAACGACUGCUGCUGGUGUGUAUUUUUGUAAAUGUUAUGCACUCUCUGAAAGGAAAAACACACAAAAGAAAAAGACUUUUUUUUUUUUUUUUUGCCAAGGCCAGUGUUGCUGCCUAAAAAGAAAAAAAUAUAUAUGUUAUACAAUGGUGAGAGCUUCUUUCUAACCAGCCCCAAGUGUUGAAGUCUUCACUUUAGUUGGUUCAUUUCUGUUUUUAUUUUGUUUUCCUGUUUAGUUUGCAACAGUGGUAAGGGGGGUGCUGGGGGGGAUGGGUGUUUUCUGUUGCCAGUUCGUGGAGGGGGGAAAUGUUUCGGUUUGUUUCUGCUGACCUGAAUGUGCUGGGUCCUCACCGUGUUUUGUUUUUGCUUUAUCGAUGCACGGAUGCUUUUGAACCAGUAGAGCGAAAUGCUAGACAUGGAGAAUCUGCCGUUUGUCCUUUAUACAUUUCUGUAGUUAACACAACACUGUAAUGUGCCUUGGAGCUUAGUAACUUGUAAUAAAUUCAAUUGAUAUGAA